AUGGUGAACUCUCCUCAAUCGAGGAAAAACGAUGAACGUGUUGUCGACGAAGGCUCGACAGACCAACCGCGUGGUGGUUGGAAAGGUAGACGUUCGGGGUUGAAUGAAUCUCAGCCGAGUCAUUCAUCACAAAGCGUCAAACAUGCGCAUGAAGCUAACAAACAGAUGGGAGAUGAGCCAACACGCGCUGAAGAUCUUGUAAACCGUGGAAAAACAGUUGUGAGCGCGGGCAGCGAUGAUUUAGUUGAUGAUACAUCUGAAUUGAAGCGUGAUAAAAUUAUGGCGGCACAGGGUGCAAUCAAACGAAAGGUCUAUGAACUAAAACGAGCUGACGAAUGCAGUAAACGUGCAAAUCUAAGUAGUCUGCCUGAAAACGAUGAUUUCGUUGAUGCUGCACCUCAGCUGAAACGAUAUAAGAAUACGAUGACCCAAAAUGCUGCAACACUUGCGUUGGAAGCUACUGGUGUAGCACCGAUUAUAGGUAGUGAUGAUGGUGAUGCCCUUCCAAGCAUCAACACAAGAUCAUCACCAGCCAUUUUCGUGAAGGCUGUGUCUGGUCUGACCGAUGAUCAGAAGCAGGCAGUCCGUGACAUGGGAUUCGGUCGUUUGUUGGAGUUGACACCGGCAAAAAUGGGGCACUGGUUGGUUGAGAACUUCAAUCACAUGGAUCGGAAGUUGAAACUCUACGGCGGGGAAAAGAUUCACGUGAAAGAAGACGAUGUAUACGUUGUACUUGGACUGCCCCGUGGAACGAUUGAGAUCACGAAUAAAAAGAAAAAAACCAAGUCGGAGUUGUUGAAAGAAUGGGUGAGGUUAUAUAAUGCCAGUAAGCCGGCAAACAUUACAGCCAUGAGAGUCUUAGACAUGAUUCAGAAUUGUGAUGGAAGUGACGAUUGGUUCAAACGCAAUUUUGUUGUUCUCAUGGUGACUUGCCUAUUCGAGAGCACUAGCAACGGGAUGGCAAAUUUACGUAUAAUCCAUCUUUUCAGUGAUCUAUCGAAUGUGAUGAAUAUGAACUGGUGCUCCUACAUGAUUCGUUGUCUGGUGUGCACGAAAAAAUCUUGGAAUGAUAAUCGGGGACGUAAGAACUUCACAGGGCCGCUUCUAUUUCUGACGGUUAGUGCAUCAGAACCAUCUUCGUGUCUUCUUUAUGCAAUAGUUUUUUAG